CGGGCUGCGCGAUGGAUGACGAGGAAUUGGCGCGGAACCGCCAGGAAGUCAGCACGUUCACGGCGGUCAUGGCGCCGCUUAUGCAGUCCGCGCUAGCUAGAGUCGCGGCGGCUACACCCACGAAGCCAUUGCGCCCGUUUUCCGCCAACACGAUGCUCACACCAAAGCACAGAUCGCCCAUGCCAUUGGCUCACACAGGGCCGAGGAGACCAGCACGUGCAUCUACAUGCGCCGCUCCGUCGAUACCUGUCACCCCUGCAGUAAUAAAUGACGAUCGAGAUGCAAUACGCGGACCUGACCGCACAACGAUGACGACGUUGUUGAAACCGAGGCCAAAAACACCCCUCAAGAAAAGGUCUCAUGCAAAAUCCAACCAAGUCGAUGUGGAAACUUUUGACGGAGCGUUGCCACCGGUGCUUGCCGACGCAAAGGGAUCGACCAAGAGAACGCCAUCGCAACGACCGCGAACAGCUUCGGGGACUGCAGCGCGCCAACUCAAAGCUCAAUGCAGUACUCCAGGAACGACCCACUCCCCGCCCAAACCCACAAAACCUGCGCAUACCUCCCCUAACGCAAUACAGCGCGCCAAGCUCCUGGCCAACAAACUGCGGCCCAAGUCAGCCGCGGUGCAGCCCUCCCCGAUGAUCUCGGACGUUAUGAAGAAGAAGCGCCCGAGACCGCCGUCAGCGUGGUCGAUGAUUCAAAGCCAAGCAACGUCAUUUGGUCCCUUGAGCCCAACGGGAGAAGUCGACCGCGUUAGCAUCGACUUGACCAAGCAAGAGGUGUCGCGGCAACGUGAAGUCACUGCGUCUGCCCACAAAGUCUUCAACGAAGUCAAGCACACGCGCGACACCAAGCAAAUCGAGCUCGCACAUUUGCACCGGCAGAUCGCUCAACUCACGAAAGAAACGACAGCGUCGAGCUCUGAAACCUCGACGGCCAUGGACCUGUCGACCCAAAUGCAAGUUUUGCAGCUUCAAAUCGCCCAAGACAAAGACCAGAGCGCCAAGUGCCGCCACUACAAACGCGUGUUGGAGCAUGUAGUCGAACGCACCAAACUCGACAGCGCCGCGAUCGUCGCGCGGACAAAAGUUCUCCAUCACCAGACAACAGUCGUUGAAAAAGAGUGGGCCGCGCUGGACAGCCGCAUGUACACCUUGGACAACCUGGCCGCCCACACGCUAAAGCGUCUCGACCAACUGCGGCUCGACCAAGCUGCGAAGCGCGACGACCAGGCAGUGACACUCAAGUUUUUGCGAUCCGAAGCGGAACAGAGCCAAGAACUGCAGCGACGGCGCGUCGAGGCAGACCGGAAAAGGCGUAACUUGGUGAUGACGUUUCGAUCGCCUCAUGGCGGGAACAACCGGCCACGGCUAAGUCGCAUGGACACCCAUCUUCUACUCCUGCGGGAGUCGGCGCUCACAAGUCGCGAGGCUGAAUUCGACUGGCUCGUCGCGCAGACGGGCGAAACAGACGUUGCUCUGCUCAUGGACCGGUUCGUCCAGUACGAGCACGCUAUGACGAUGCUACGGCAGCUUCAACUCGACGGCGUCGCUGCCCAUGCUCGGCUGGACAAGGAGCACGCCCGUUUACAGGCCGAGGUGUACGAGCUCCGGGCGUGUGGGUCGGAUCAAGUCUUGGAAACACAACGCAAGGUGAAAGGCAUGCUCGAGGACGAGCUGUGGUUGGCGCAAGCAACCGAGGACACCGCGCAACAAGAGAUGCAGUACUACCAAGGAAUCGUGACAGCGAUGCACCAAGGCCUGCACAGCAUCUUGCUCUGGCUUCAAUGCGUCGACCCCAUGGGGUCCAGCGACUUCAAGUCGCAGCCGCUGGAAGCGCUACCGUCCUUGUGCAUCAACGUGUUCCAGACCCACUUGGCCAGCUUGGAAACGUACUCAACCCAAGCUCUGCACGAGCUCCUGGAGACGCUUCCCGUGAAUUUGUGGCGCAAUGCUCCGCCCAACGACGAAUCCGUCGUCGACGACGACGUCGACGACUUUCACCGGACAAGCAACUACGAAAACGCCACGCGGCGAACGCAUGCAGCUCGAAUACUCGAGCCGAAAGCUCUCUGCAAGCAGGACUCGUUCUAG